AUGUAUCGGCGAUACUUUGGAUUAACACCUCCAAAUCCGAGGCUAAAUAAUCCUCGAUUAUUGGAGGAUUGCAUUGAUUGGUACAUCAAUGUUUAUAUGGAAGAAGAACUUCCAUGGCAAUGGAUCGACGUUGGCAAUGCUAGACAACGAGCAGAACAAGGUGAACAAGAGGCAAGAGAAGAAGCAGAUAGAUCAGCUGCGGAAACAUCGAAACAAGAGAUCUGA